GCUUCCUCUUUAAUUCCCAACUAGAAUUGGAAGCUUUUCACCUCCCCUCUCCUUCCCUUAAUCUAAUUUCACCGGCCAUGAAUCGCCUACUGAUCUACCCAUAUUCACUCCGCCUUCUCCUACUGCUACUUCUCCAUGCUAAUUCCAUAGCCAUUCAUAUUUGGCAUCAGGAUCUAGAGGGAGAGGAGAGAGAGGAGUUUAUCAAGGAUUGCCAAACUAAUUCCACCUGCGGAGGAAUAGAUAUCAGAUAUCCCUUUCGCCUGAUCAACUCGACUCCUACGUACUGCGGCGUUCAGGGCUUGGAGGUCUCAUGCUCUGCUGCCGGUGAGGCCAUCAUCACGCUUCCUCAUUUAGGGCCCUGCAAGAUCAUCAAAUUCGACACUUAUUUUGUUAGAAUCAAGGUAGAAGGCGAUGAAUGGGCUCGGUGUCCACUGCAAAAGCUCAGCUCCACCAAUCUCACCGGCUCAAUUUACCAGCUGGAAUCCAACAACUAUAAGCUAGUGAAGUGCUCGAGUGAAAUAGCAACAGAUCCGGAAUGGAUCACCGGACCCAUCCCGUGCCUCGGCAAUGGAAGUCAAGGGGAGUGGGUUUAUGUAGCGAAGCCUGAGGCUUCCAUGGACCAGCUCCCGUCAGGAUGCGUGAGCACUGGAAUUGGUGGUAAUAUCGAAUAUUAUGGAGGCGGACCGACGUUUGGAGACCAGGUUCAGGGAUUUAAUCAAACGCUACAGAUGGAUGUAUCUCUUAAUAUUCCGGAAUGGGAGAUGUGCAGAGACUGCCAGAUAGAAGGAAAGCAAUGUGGAUUUAGCCGCAUAGCAAACCAAACUGCCUGCUUAACGAGAGCAAAUCUGGAGGGGGAGGAGAGAGAGGAGUUUAUCAAGGAUUGCCAAACUAAUUCCACCUGCGGAGAAAUAGAUAUCCGAUAUCCCUUUCGCCUGGUCAACUCGACCCCUGCCUACUGCGGCGUUCAGGGCUUGGAGGUCUCAUGCUCCGCUGCCGGUGACGCCAUCAUCACGCUUCCUCAUUUAGGGCCCUGCAAGAUCAUCAAAUUCGACACUUAUUCGGUUAGAAUCAAGGUAGAAGGCAAUGAAUGGGCUCGGUGUCCACUGCAAAAGCUCAGCUCCACCAAUCUCACCGGAUCAAUUUACCAGCUGGAACACUAUUACGGCUACUACCCCUACUACGGCUACUACCUUCCAUGGACCAGCUCCCGUCAGGAUGCGUGAGCACUGGAAUUGGUGGUAAUAUCGAAUAUUAUGGAGGCGGACCGACGUUUGGAGACCAGGUUCAGGGAUUUAAUCAAACGCUACAGAUGGAUGUAUCUCUUAAUAUUCCGGAAUGGGAGAUGUGCAGAGACUGCCAGAUAGAAGGAAAGCAAUGUGGAUUUAGCCGCAUAGCAAACCAAACUGCCUGCUUAACGAGAGCAAAUCUGGAGGGGGAGGAGAGAGAGGAGUUUAUCAAGGAUUGCCAAACUAAUUCCACCUGCGGAGAAAUAGAUAUCCGAUAUCCCUUUCGCCUGGUCAACUCGACCCCUGCCUACUGCGGCGUUCAGGGCUUGGAGGUCUCAUGCUCCGCUGCCGGUGACGCCAUCAUCACGCUUCCUCAUUUAGGGCCCUGCAAGAUCAUCAAAUUCGACACUUAUUCGGUUAGAAUCAAGGUAGAAGGCAAUGAAUGGGCUCGGUGUCCACUGCAAAAGCUCAGCUCCACCAAUCUCACCGGAUCAAUUUACCAGCUGGAACACUAUUACGGCUACUACCCCUACUACGGCUACUACCCCUACUACGGCUACUACAACUAUAAGCUGGUGGCCUGCUCGAGUGAAAUAACAACAGAUCCGGAUUGGAUUUCGGGACCUAUCAAGUGCCUUAGCGAUGAAAGUGAAGGGCAGUUGGUUUAUGCAGCGGAUGCUUGGGCUUCCAUGGACAGACUCCCGUCAGGAUGCGUGACCACUGGAAUCGGUGGUUGGAUCGGAUAUGCACGCGGACGAAGGUUUGGAGUUCUGGUUCAGGGAUUCAUUCAAACGCUACAGAUGGAUGUAUCUCUUAAUAUUCCGGAAUGGGAGAUAUGCAGAGACUGCCAUGAAGAAGGAAAGCAAUGUGGAUUUAGCCGCAGAAGAAACCAAACUGCCUGCUUAGCGAGGCGCCAUGGAACAACAAACAUUGGGCUCAUAGUUGGAAUAUCUGUAGGUGGUUUUGUAGUUGUAUUAACAUCUCUUAUUAUAUUGUACAUAUUAAAGACGUCUAAAAAGGAUCAAGAAAUUCGUAUCAAGGUAGAACAAUUUCUCGCAACAUAUGGUGAUGCAAAACCAACUCGAUACUCUUUUUCUGAUAUUAAAAAGAUCACAAUGAGAUUCAAGAAUAAGUUGGGGCAAGGUGGAUAUGGAAGUGUGUAUAAAGGGGAGCUACCAAAUGGUAUUCCGGUAGCAGUUAAGAUGCUCGAAAGUUCAAAAGGGGAGGGCCAAGAAUUCACAAAUGAAGUUGCAACCAUUGGAAGGAUUCAUCAUAUUAACAUUACUCGUUUGUUGGGAUUUUGCUCAGAACGAUCAACUCGUGCUCUCGUCUAUGAGUUCAUGCCAAAUGAGUCCUUGGAGAAGUAUAUUUUCUCAAGACAAGACAAAGGAAGCAAAAAAUCAUUGAGCAUGGAGAAAUUGUUGAACAUUGCAAUAGGCAUUGCUCGAGGCAUUGAGUAUUUACAUCAAGGAUGUGAACAACGUAUUUUGCAUUUUGAUAUUAAGCCACAUAAUAUUCUAUUGGAUUAUGAUUUAAAUCCAAAGAUUUCAGACUUUGGACUAGCAAAGCUUUGCUCAAGGGAUGUUAGUAUCGUGACAAUGACAGCAAUGAGAGGCACAAUGGGAUAUAUUGCUCCUGAGAUGUAUUGUAGGAAUUUCGGGACGGUGUCAUAUAAAUCUGAUGUCUAUAGUUUUGGUAUGUUAUUGUUGGAGAUGAUAGGAGGCCGAAAAAAUCUUGAUCCCGAAAUAGGAAGAGAGAGUGAGAUUUAUUAUCCAGAAUGGGUGUAUGAUCGACUAGUUGAAAGACAAGACUUGGUAUUGACAAUGGAGAUUGAACAAAAUGAUGGAGAAAUAUUACAGAAGCUCUCUAAGGUGGCUUUAUGGUGCAUUCAAUGGAGUCCAACUGAAAGACCUACCAUGACUAGAGUUCUUCAUAUGCUUGUAGGGAGCUCAGAAGAAGUGCACAUGCCCCCUAAACCAUUUGUCUCCCAACACUAAUCAUGAUUAUGCUGAUUAAUAAAUAUGUCAAAUCAGUAAGUUCUCUCCUUUUGUGUAUAAGCUCUAAGUGACUUAUAGUACACAUGUAAUUUGAUCAUGUUUAAAUUCAACUGUAAUAAUAUAAUCAUUCAUAUGGUAGUGAAUAUAUUCUAAGUUGAAGUAGAGGAGAGAAUUGGACAGACAACUCUUUAUUUGCCUUUUUCUAUUCUCGUGCAUAAAGCAUGACAUUAAUUAUGA